CUACUUUGCUUAUCCCUACUAAAUCAAUAACUACUGGGGGCAUCCUAUCCAGAAUCGACUUUCGGCAAGGAUUUCGCCGUAUAAAGCCUACAGAGCUCUAUCUUACGAUUGUGUCCAGCUAGAAGCCGUGGUUGAGUUGCAAAAGCUUGAUCAAAUCAUCCCUCCUACCUUAGAUUUCACAGCAUCCAGUGGAUCCCGGUUGGAUGGGUCGUCCUGACGAACGUGAAUCUCUGUGCUCCCGAUAACCGUCUUUUUAUACUCAGAGUCGGACUCGGUUCUGCGACUUUGCGAUCCGUUUUUGCUGCCCAAUCGCUCUUAAGGCUGGGUAGAUUGCUUCGAAUUGGCGCCUCGUUCAACUGGACAGAUUGAUUUUUUGAAUUUUGUUUUUGUUAUCGCAGUCUCCGAUAGAUUUUGUCGAAAUUUUGAUACUAUCCCGAGAGUAAUUCUUUGGCAAAGCCUUAGAAAACUUUUUCUUCCGCGAUCCGUCAUUCUUGAACGCGCGACAGUCACGCAAAACCUCUAUUCAACAUCGUCAGUUCGUGAAGGAUUCCAAGUGCAUUGUGCUGUGAAAGUUGUGUGUUUAGGCUUCACUUGACGCCUCAGGAAAUAUGCCGUCCAGCAGACACGAUGUACCCGCUCUUCAGACACCGGGGGAGUUUGGUUCGUCGAGGAUUAAAAUCGACAACCUGUUGAACCCGAACACCGAUAGCGAACCCUUUCCGAGACAUUUGUCCGGGUCAUGGCAGGGAACAUAUCACCAUUACUACCAUCAUCAUCACCACCACCACCACCAUCCCGAUCGCUAUCCACAAACUACUAGCAGUCCUCCACCACUUCAGCUCCCUCCGUUUAAAUCAAUACCAUACCCCAAAAGUAACCUGUCUCCCAUAGACACCCGCCCCGACAGAUCGGUCCAACGCUCUGGAUCUGCCAGUUCUUCACCAUCACCGUACCGAAGGGACCGAUUUCCUUCUGUGUCAAGUGGCUCCUCUACAAUCGUUGAGCGGCGUCGUCCACCGCGGCCAAAAUACGAAGAAGAAGAGAUGUAUUUUAUCUGGUAUCACCGUGUCGAUUUGAAUCAGGAAUGGAAACAAGUCCGGGAAAGCUUUAAUGCCCAGUUUCCCAACCGGCAAAGGAACGGAUUUCAGGGAAUUCAGUGCAAAUACUAUCGGUUUAUCAAGGAGAAGAAAUGCCCUACGCUACGAGAGCAGCGAAGAAUAAGAAAUGGAGACGGUGGCGGUAUUAAGCAUGGACCCAAUGAUGACUCCCCCGCGUAUGGAGUUAUUCGAUGGUGCCGUGUUUGGUUUCCUUGGAUGAAAGAGCCCCCUCCCCCAGGGCACGAAUGA